AUGCCUGCCCAGAUCCACGGGAUCAAGUCGAGCGAUGUGCACGCCAAGAUCCGACUCUUGAUCGACGGCAUGGUCAACAUCAAGGACAAGACCGGGGAGUUCCUGCUCAAGCUCGACGAUGGGCGCAUCAUCGACACCAAGGGGUGGAACGACUGGGAGUGGACGCACGGCAUUGGGCUGUACGGCAUCUGGCAGUACUACGAGCUGGUGGGCGACCCGCGGUACCUGCAAAUCAUUGAGGACUGGUUCCGGGACCGGUUCGCGGCCGGGGGCACCACAAAAAACAUCAACACCAUGGCCGUGUUCCUGACGCUGGCGCACGUCUACGAGCGUACGCACAACGCAACCUACCUGCCCUGGCUCGAUGCCUGGGGGGAAUGGGCGUACCACGACCUGGCGCGCACGCGGCGCGGGGGCAUGCAGCAUGUCACGUACCUGUCGGACCACGACCAGCAGCUGUGGGACGACACGCUCAUGAUGACGGUGCUGCCGCUGGCCAAGAUCGGGUGCGUGCUGGGCCGCCCGCACUACGUCGCCGAGGCCAAGAAGCAGUUCCUUGUCCACCUGCAGUACCUGUUCGACACGCGCACCGGCCUCUUCUUCCACGGCUGGACCUUCGCCGAGGGCGGGCACAAUUUCGCCCGCGCCCGCUGGGCCCGCGGCAACAGCUGGCUGACGAUUGCAAUCCCGGAGUUCCUGGAGCUGCUCGGGAUGGACCAGAGCGACCCCAUCGGGAGCCACCUUAUCAACGCGCUCGAUGCGCAGUGCGAGGCGCUGGGUCCGCUGCAAACCCCGUCCGGGCUGUGGAGGACGCUACUGGACAUUCCCGAGGAGGAAGGAUCAUAUGUGGAAGCGAGCGCCACGGCCGGGUUUGCGUUUGGCAUCCUGAAGGCGCAGCGGAAGAGGUACAUUGGCAGGGAGCACGAGGCGGUUGCGGUGAAGGCGGUCAGGGCCGUGCUGGAGAACAUUGACGCCGACGGGGAGCUGUUGAACACGUCGUUUGGGACGGCAAUGGGCACGACGCUGCAGCACUACAAGGAUAUUCCCAUAACCAGCAUGCCGUAUGGCCAGGCCAUGGCCAUGAUGGCCCUGGUUGAGUUUCUGAGGGUAUAUAUCUGA